AUGACAAAAGAGCAAAUGGACACUAGUAAGAAUAUCAAGACAAGAAUAAUUCUCGCUUUUGGUUUGGUUGGCUUCCUGGUAGACUUUAACUUUUUUACUCUCCAAAGUGCGGCACAAGACAUCUUAGAAGCCACUAACAUUCCUACAGCAUGGGUCAGUCUUGCUAUUACCGGUCCAGCCGGCCUUGUAUCAGCCCUUUAUCCCUACGUUUUUGAAAGGGUCCCAGACUCCGUGGCAUGUUUGGUAAUUUUCAUCGCGUCUGUGGCUGGAAUUUUACUGACUUCGCUUGUGCAAGACUUGAGAGUAAGAUUAGCUGGUGCGUGUUUGGUUUCAUUUGGAAUAGGCAGCACGGAAUCAAUUUUUAUUUCGCUAUCGUCCUUUUACGGAGGGAAUACAAUAACCAGCUAUGGUCUGGGUACAGCUAUUUCGUUUGUAGCGGGGCCUCUGUCAUACGCAGGUGGGUAUAGUUUUUGUUUUACUGUGUAUGAACCUUAAAGGGUUUGCCUUAGAUGAUGUGCAUUUACAUAACAAGAAGCAUACAUAAGGGAGGGAUUAAGUAGUUAUGAAUUCCUCGCCUCCCUCGCGAUCCCUAGAGAGUGUUUUGUCGCCCAUUGUUUCAAAACGCUUUAGAACUGAUUGAACGAUCAGAAUCUGCCUACUAAGUAUAUGUUUGUUAGUUUUUAGGAGGUAGUGAAAGAAAAGGAUUCGGGGGCACCCAACGUCAAUUUUCGGAAAAUAUCUGUGCGGAAGACGUUUUGAGAUGUAAAAUUUUCGAAACAUUUGUUGUAAAAUUUAUUGCUUGUCUGCCUCAGUCUCCCAGGAUUUUUGAACAUCUAAAAAAUGGUGUAAUUGCCCAUUUUUAACGGAUUUUUACCCUAAAGAGGUCAUCUAGAAUUUUCGGGAGCCUUUUUUCUGGCUGAAAUUUUCGAGAAGGUACGUGUUGAUCCCUAUAAUUUUCGAAUCACUAGACUUUCAGCUAGGAAUUCCGAACAGAUGAAAAAUUUUUAGGGGGUAAAUAUAUGCCUAUAUCUACCGUUUAAAUACUAAAAUACGUUUAACAAUGCUAUGUUGUGUGGGUUUGAACUAUAUUCUCGUUGGGUGGACAUGAGGAUUUGACACCUUAGUGAAGAAUAUCCAUUUUCAACAAAAUGGCCUUCGAGCGUGGAGCAUGCAGUGGUUUUCAAGACCAAAGAGUGCAUUUCAAGGUUGAAAAUACACCGAUAAGGCUCACAAAUGGAAAGAGAAAGUUCAAAAGAAUGCUCUUUUUCCUUUUUUUGGACAAAUUAAAGCUUUUCUUUGCGAAAUUAUCCUUCCAGGAAUUUAACCUUGUUUUCUUCAAGGCAGAAGAACACUUGGCCUAUUUUUCAAUGCCAUCAGGGCAAUGAAGUAUUUGAAGAAAUUUUAGAUACAUUUUGAACUCUAUGGUCAAGAAAAAUACUUUUAUAGAAGGAUUUUUUUGUAUUUAUUAAGGUAUUAUAGACGUUUUUUUCUUUUUUUAAUAUAUUUAUUGAUAAUCACAUUAGAUAAUUACAUUACAAUACUACAAAAAAGCAUUUUAACAAUAGACAUUAACAGAGUAAAGCAAAAUUAAUUGUUAAAUUAAGAAAUUAGAAAAAAUUACAACGGGGCAAUGAGAUAACACGGAGUUAAGACAGUUAACUUAAAUAAGGCGUCAGUAACCACUUUCUUUUAAAGUUUAUUGCUUUUAUUAUAAGUAUAUAAAUGGAGGGCUACGCUUUAAGCACUGGCUAGAUCUAUAUAUUACUGAGAGGACUAGCUGGUCUGGUCAGCCAGUUCUGACAAAUUGUAAACGCCCAAUAAAUGCAGUGCUCGGUUCCUUUUUUGCUGUCCUAGUUACUGUCGCCAAGUCGUUGCUUAUAAUAUAAGUUCCCUUUUAAUGAAAGACUGAGAGGCUUGUACUGGGAGGAGGGAGUUCCGAACCUGUUUUGUGUCGCUAAGUCCAUCUCAUUGUGAAUUAAGGAUAGAACACUAGAGUCUAUCAACAAACGUGAUGAACAAGUCAACUUUAUUUUGGCAUGGUAGCCCCGGCUAUCAGCCACUGCAUGGCUGGUAUAAAAAGGGGCCCUCCAACAAAAUUAAUAGUUCACAUUUUAUUUUAAUUCAAUUUAUUUUAUAAAUAUUUUCAUAUUUUUUAUGUCCUGGGCCGGGUUGUCCAAAGCUGGGUCAAGAUAACACAGGGUUAGUGCGAAAUUUGAAUUCAUACAGUGUCCACAAUUUGGAUGCUCCAAAGAGAAUGAGCAAAAUUACCAGAGAAAAUGCCUUAAUAAAACAAAAGCAAAAUCUGCCCGAUUAGAAUUUAACCCCGGUUUACCGUUAAUCGGCCAGCGAACAACUGGGCCCUGUAUACGUUCAGAAAAGGAAUAAUUUGUUUGGAAUAAACUUUUGUUUCGCUUUAUUCAAAGGUAUGACCAUGUUGGCUUGUUGGUCUCCACAUUCGUCGCUUCUUCUUCUCUCAGUAUUAUGGAUCUUACUGCCUAUUUCAUACCUUUUGAUAAAGGAUUGGAGCAACUGCAGCUACAAUCCCACGUCAUAUAAAGAAGUUCGUUACAUCUCGGUUGAAUCUGAUGCGAAUCAAGAACCCGGCGGAUCAAUAUUAUCCCGCAAGGAUAUGUUAUUUCUGACAUGGAAGAUACAGAAACUGUUUAUUCCUCUGUUCGUGGGUAUGUUCUGUAAGAAUUUGCUACUUUCUGGUAUUGUAACAACCAUAGCGUUUACUAACAUUCCGAUUACCCCAAGAAAUCAAUAUUUGCUAUACACCUUGGCAUAUGGGACAGGGGAGCUUCUUAGCAGGCCAUAUUUAGGAUACCUGUCUCUUUGUGCUAUCGAAGACAAGUUUGUUUUUAAGAAAACAUGGAUUCCUGCAUUACUUCAAGUUUUUGUAACAAUGUUUAUGGUGUUUGACUCCUGGUUUCGGCUGAUACCUGAACUUUAUCUUGCUCUUGCAAUGGUCACGCUCAACAACUUCCUUCUAGGGAUCCUUUACGUAAACAGCUUUCUGAAUGCAGGGGAGGGGCUCCGCGCGGAAGAAAAAAGGUUUUGUCGGGCAUUUUUAGCUGGUGCUCUAUGGUCGUCAAACAUUGCUGCAUCGCUGAUUUCCCUGAAUACAGAACCUCGCCUUCGACAACACUGUCGGCUGUUUUACUCUGAGGUCGCUUGCUAUACAAGGUCUCAAACUGCUUGGAGCCGCAAUAUCUCAUGCGUGUUGUAA